AACCAACAAUGGGCAUGUAAAAGUGCCUGCUAAUUAUAAACUGAAAUAAAUAGCCAGAAAGAAUCAAUGGGGAAGCUGAGAUGAAAAGUGAGUUGGGAUGGGAGCUGAGGCUGCUCUGCAUCAGAUUCUCAAGGAAGGCCUAGCUGAACUGACUUAAAUUGAACUCUGAAGGAGGAAGAGUAUUCCAGACAGAGGUAACAGGCGCAAAAGCCCUGAAGCAAAAGCCACUUUAGGAUGUAUGAGGAAGCCAAGGGAAGCCCGUGGGGCUGGAACAUAUUGUAGAAGACAAGGGGGAGAGGGGGAAGAAAUGAAGUCCCGAGGUAGGAGAGGGGACAAGAGCCUGAUUCUGCAGAGUUGCUGGUAAGCUGCUUUGGACAUAGUAUUUUGAGGGCCAGAGGCAGCCAGAUUCACACUCAUGUGAAGAAGUAAUGUCUCAUAUACACCUUUAAAAGACUCCUGGUGGGAAUUCCCUGGCAGUCCAAUGGUUAGGACUUAGGGCUCUCACUGCCGAGGGCCGAGGUUCAAUCCCUGGUCGGGGAGCUAAUAUCCUACAUGCCACGUGGCGUGGCCAAAAAAAAAAAAAGACUCCUGGCUACUCAGGAAGGUCAAGGGUGGAAAUGGGUCCAGUAAAAAGACCACAGUAGUUACCUCAUGAGAGGUGAUGGCAGCCUGGCCUAGGAUGGAGAGAAGCUGUGAGCCCUGCGCAGUAUUUCGGGUGUAGAGCCAACAAGGUGGAGCUGCGCGCGAGGAAUACUGGAGCGAGGAGGCCACGGAGAGGAGCAUCCGUGUGGGCGGAGAGGGAGCAGCUACAGGGAGAGCUGGUGGGGGGCGGGCCGACUUGACGUCCAUCCGAGGAGGAAGCCAGAACGCAAGAGUCUGUAACUCAGGGAGACCCGUGAGCCGCAGCCAGUUGUGAGGGAGAAAGCUCCAGGAAUCUAAGGAGGGUUGCUACCCGUAGCCUGGCAAGCAGGCAGACGCUGGCGUGACGAGACCCAGCGCGGGCCGCCAGCAGGGGCGGGACCCAGACCGCAGUGCGCAGGCGUUGAGCUAACCGUUUCCAUGGCGGCGAGGACUCACGCUCCGCAACCGCUUUACAACUGUAGGGCCCCAGACUUCGGGCCCGCAGGAGACCGUGGUCCCCAAGCGUGUCAGCAUCCACAUCUCAGCGCAGGCCGCUGCUCGCGGUGGAACCAGCAGCACGAGAAUCUCGAGAAGCUGAACAUGCAGGCUAUCCUUGAUGCCACGGCCAGCCAGGGCGAGCCCAUCCAGGAGCUGCUGGUCACCCAUGGGAAGAUCCCGACGCUGGUGGUGGAGCUGAUUGCAGUGGAGAUGUGGAAGCAGAAGGUGUUCCCUGUGCUGUGCAGGCUGGAAGACUUCAAGCCCCCAAACACUUUUCCCAUUUACAUGGUGUUACACCAUGAGGCCUCCAUCAUCAACCUCCUGGAGACAGUAUUCUUCCACAAGGAGGUGUGUGAGUCAGCAGAGGACACCAUCUUGGACCUGGUGGACUACUGCCACCGCAAACUGACUCUGUUGGUCGCCCAGAGUGGCCAUGGUGGCCCCCCUAAGGAGGAGGAGUCCCAGUAUGGCACCCCCAUGCAGGAGCUGCAGAAGCAGGCAGAGCUGAUGGAAUUUGAGAUCGCACUAAAGGCCCUCUCAGUGCUGCGCUACAUCACAGACUGUAUGGACAGCCUUUCCCUGAGCACCUUGAGCCGCAUGCUCAGCACCCACAAUCUGCCCUGUCUCCUGGUGGAACUGCUGGAGCACAGUCCCUGGAGCCGGCAGGAAGGCGGCAAGCUGCAGCAAUUUGAGAGCGGCCGUUGGCAGACAGUGUCCCCCUCGGAGCAGCAAAAGCUGAGCAAGUUGGAUGGGCAGGUGUGGAUCGCCCUGUACAAUCUGCUGCUAAGCCCUGAGGCCCGGGCCCGCUACUGCCUCACAAGCUUUGCCAAAGGACAGCUACUCAAGCUUCGGGCCUUCCUCACAGACACACUGCUCGACCAGCUGCCCAACCUGGCAGACCUGCAGGGUUUCCUGGCCCACCUGGCCUUGACCGAAGCCCAGCCCCCUAAGAAGGACCUGGUGUUGGAACAGAUCCCAGAAAUCUGGGAGCGGCUAGAGCGAGAGAACAGAGGCAAGUGGCAGGCUAUUGCCAAGCAUCAGCUGCGGCAUGUAUUCAGCCCCUCGGAGCAGGAACUGAGGCUGCAGGCACGAAGGUGGGCGGAGACCUACAGACUGGACGUGCUAGAGGCAGUGGCUCCAGAGCAGCCCCGCUGUGCCUACUGCAAUGCAGAGGCCUCCAAGCGCUGCUCACGAUGCCAGAAUGAGUGGUAUUGCAGCAGGGAGUGCCAAGUCAAGCACUGGGAGAAGCAUGGAAAGGCUUGUGUCCCGGCAGCCCAGGGUGACAGAGCCAAGUGAAGGCUGCAGCUGCUGAGGGCCGAGCACCCAUGCCAUACAACCCCGUGCCCCUGAACCUCUGGAUCUCAGUCCGGCCUCUGCAAGCGCCCCAGCCUCCCAGGUGGUGAGGAUAGCAGACGGGAAGAGCUGCUGACCCAUCUCCCCCAGCAAAGCGCUCGCCACUUCCUGCUCCAUCCGGCGGGUAGGCUUAGGGUGCAGCCUCAGCAAGCUGGGGCAGGAGGCCUGGGCCGGGGGCAAGGAUCGGAUGUGAGGACCCUCUUCCUCCAGUACAGUAAAGCUAGCUUCCAGAAACAC